UCAACAGCGCAAAGUCGACCGAGGCGCGCAGCUGCUUGGACAGCGCUAGCGACAUGGACCGUGAGCCCGGACGCCAACACGAAGACUCCGGUUACCUCAGUCUGGGAGUCGACGAGCUCCAGGAAGAUCCUGGUACGAAGCCCACCGAGGUCUCGGGCACCGCAACAAGUGCCGCCGUCGAGGAGGAGUCGGGAUCAGAACCUGAGCCGGGAGCGGCAGCGGCGGCAGCAGCAGCAGCAGCAGAAGAAGAACAGGGCCAGGCUGGGGCGGGAGCUCCCGACCCCAUGGUCGACGAGAUCCAGAAGGGCGGCGGCGGCGGCGGCGACGGCGACGAGGAGGAGUUCCCACAGGAGCCGAUGCAGGCGGACGCCGAGGAUCCGCAGCCGUCGGACGGGGAGGCUCGCCUCCACCGCUGUUCGUUCAGGCGGCUGCAACUAACGGAGCUGGAGAGCGUUUUCCAGCGCAGCCAGUACCCUAAUGUGUUCGCUCGGAAGGAGCUUGCAAUUCCAGUCGAUGUGAGCGAAACCAAAGUGCAGGGCAGUGAGCCUGAAGACGACAAUUUGUGAGGGCAGUCAUUAUAAAACCUGCCUCAAGUCUUUGGACACUUUCGUCCUAGACAUUCUCAAGUUUGUUUUUUUCUUUUUUUGAUGCUUUUUCCCUGUUUAGCAAAUGAGUUUUGAACUUUGGGGUCUUUGGCAAGUGGA